UUACAGUUCUUGCUCGAGGAACACAAUCCCUUCAGACUACUGCCUCAUUUUGUGUUUUGUUGACAGAAUAAUAAACUUGGGAGUUGGGGUGAGCAACAUAACCAGGGUCCAGAAAACUAAAGAUACUACUGAAAUGAAAGAAAAGUUGGUUUUCUUCAUUUACUUUAGGAGAGGAAGACUAAAGGCUGCUGCCCAUCCUACAGUGUACUCAGAGUGCAGCUGAGUAAGAUGAGUCCAGUUACUGAUCAUUCUUAUAUUAGACUCAGGCUGUGACUCUGUGACUGAUACAGAAACGGAAGACGAGAAGAACCCAGUUUACUCCCCUAGACUUGCCAUGAGUGAAGAACAUGGAUCAUCCAAGAGCACUGGGGAACAUCCGGUGGUGCAGCCUGACCGCAUACAGUGUGGGGUGCAGACAACAGUUUAUAUUAUCAUGAAAUGUAAACUAGAUGGCGAAGUGAAAACUGAAGUUCAGUUCUCUCCAGAGAAUGCAUCAUCUGUGCGUGUGCUGGCUGAGAUGGAGAAUGAGUACACAAUCUCUGUGGAGGCUCCAAAUUUAUCCUCUGGGACAGUGCCUCUGCAGAUAUAUUCAGGGGACUUGAUGGUGGGAGAAACAAGCGUCACCUAUCACACCGACAUGGAGGAAAUCAGCAGUCUGUUGGCUAAUGCAGCCAACCCGGUACAGUUCAUGUGCCAGGCCUUUAAAAUCGUGCCAUACAGCAUAGAAGCACUGGACAAACUGUUGACUGAGUCACUCAAGAAGAACAUUCCUGCCAGUGGCUUACACCUGUUUGGAAUCAACCAGCUGGAAGAAGAAGAUAUGACAACAAAUCAGAGGGAUGAGGAGUUGCCAACACUGCUUCACUUUUCUGCAAGAUACGGGCUGAAGAACCUCACUGCCUUGUUGCUUACAUGCCCUGGAGCACUGCAGGCCUACAGUGUAGCCAACAAAUAUGGCCACUAUCCAAACACCAUAGCAGAAAAGCAUGGCUUUAAGGACCUACGCCAAUUCAUUGAUGAAUAUGUGGAAACUGCAGAUAUGCUGAAGAGUCACAUUAAGGAAGAGCUGAUGCAAGGCGAGGAGGAUGAGUCUGUUUAUGAGUCCAUGGCUCAUCUGUCCACUGAUCUGUUAAUGAAAUGUUCCUUGAAUCCUGGCUCCGAUGAAGAGCUUUAUGAAUCCAUGGCUGGAUUUGUCCCUGGUGCCCCAGAAGAUCUCUAUGUAGAGAUGCUUCAGUCCAAACCAGACACUCCAGCUGCUGGAGAUGAAGUUUCUGUAACUACAAAAGACUCAAUGCUCCGCAAGUUUUUAGAAGGUGGUAGCAUGGAUGAGCCAGAUUCAGAGGAAGCAGUUUACCAGCAGUAUGGCGAAGAUGUGUACUACUCAGUGGAACAAGAUACUUUUCCACAGGAAAUGGCAAGCAGACCUCCAGUUCCUGUUCCAAGACCAGAAUCCAGCUCUCCACAGCCAGACAAUGAGCUGUACAUCUCCAAAAUUUUUGCACAGAAAGCUCAAAGACCUGAGAAUAUCUAUGUCCCUAGAGGAAAGGUUAAGAAAGAGACAAUAGUCAGGCCCGUAAGGGACCUGUCUCAAUCAAGCAUAUAUGAUCCAUUUGCUGGAAUGAAAACCCCAGGUCAACGGCAGCUGAUUACAUUACAGGAGCAAGUGAAAAUGGGCAUACUCACCGUGGAUGAAGCUGUACUUCAUUUUAAGGAGUGGCAACUGAACCAGAAAAAGAGAUCAGAAUCAUUCCGGUUCCAGCAGGAAAAUCUGAAACGGCUACGAGACAGCAUAACCAGGAGGCAAAUGGAGAAGCAAAAAAAGGACAAAAGUGCAGAUUUGGAAAUUACAGUACCCAUUCGACAUUCCUAUAAUACUUUGGGGAAACCAGCAUGUGGAAUAUAUGAAUAUGCCCCCAGGAAAAACGUUUUCCCACCAAAAAAGGAGUUAAAGCGAGGAGACUGGAAAACAGAAAGCACAUCCAGCACAACAAGUAGUGCAAGUAACCGCUCCAGCACUCGGAGUAUAUUGAGUGUCAGCAGUGGGAUGGAAGGGGACAGUGAGGACAAUGAAGUCCCAGAAACAACUAGAAGCCGCAGCCCAGUUGCCCACCAAGCAGAGAGGCUGCCUUUCCUAGAAAGGCCUCCCAGAGUGCCUCCUCGAGGUGCAAGCAGGCCUGUAAGCUGUGAAGGCUUCUAUCCUCCACCUGUGCCCCCAAGAGGUCGCUGAAUCUCUCAACAUCUGUGGAAUAUGAGAUUUUUCUGUUUGUAUGUGUGUUUGUACAGAUAUUUUUGGGUUGUCUUAAAUUAUUUAUAAGUGGGAGCCAAAUGUUUUCUUCCCCUUCUCCCUAAAGCUCUGGUGACUUUUCCCAUGAUUUUCACUGAAACUUCUUGGCCUUGUAUAACUUUCCUGCUUGGAAAAAUUUUGGUGCUUUGGGACUUCAAGAAAGCGUCAUGGUUGGGAAGGAGAACGCUCUUGUGUGUCUUGGCAGCCCUGCGCUAACACGAAGUUUCCCUUUCACCAAGAAAGAACACAUGUCCUUUUAGA